AUGUCCGUCGCUGCCGCCCUGUACAAGAAGAAGGAUGGCACACUCUCCGUAUCGCCCGACGGUAAGACUGUGUCGUGGGAGGCUGUUGGCGGAGUGCUUCCGCCGCUGGCGAUAGCUAUAGCAGACAUCGGGAACCUUCAGCAGACGCCCGCCACCGCCUCGAAAGCCUCCAUCAAAAUCGUAGUCGUCGACUCGUCGUCACAAGCUGGAAACCACACCUUCACAUUUACCUCAGCAGCCGCCCGCGAUGAUCAGCAGAUGAUCAGAGGCCUGCUGCAGAAGGGCAUUGAAGCUGCAAAGGUACACGAGACUCCAGAGGUCACGCCAUCAGCAGCUUCUGGCGGGGAUGGCGGCGGUGCAUCAGGCGCCAUCACCAUGGCGCAAACAGUUGCCGCCAAUGCACAGCAAGACGACGAUUUGUAUGCUGAUGCAAAAUUGCUGGUCGAUCUCGAACUCCAGAUGUCGCUUCUGAACUCGAGUCCGGCUUUGCGCCAGCGUUUCGACCGUGCCCUGCAGGAGAAGCCGGCGUCUGUCACAAUGGGCCAGUUCUCCAACCAGUUCUGGUCGACCCGUCUAAACUUGCUAAGGUCCCACGCCGCUGAGAAGACCCAGAUUACAGGAUCGUACAACGUGCUCUCGGUGAUCAAAUCCAAGAACGUCAACGGCACGCUCAUGUUGAACUUGACUAAGGAGCAGAUCGAGGUCGUGUUUCGCCAGCACCCCAUUGUGAAGACGGCAUACAACGAAACGGUGCCGCCUUUGAGUGAGGGCGAGUUCUGGGAGCGAUUCUUCCAUAGUCGGCUCUUCAAGAAGUUGAAGGGUGAGCGUAUUCCUGAAGACUACGUCACAGACACCAGGCUCGACAAAUACCUGAAAUUUGAUGAGAACGCCGAUAAUGCUCAACAAUGGCUUGUUGGCAGUAUACCGUUGUUUAUCAAUGUCGAAGGGAACGAGCAAAAUCACAGUCAACAAAAAGGUAACCGCCAAGACUGGACUAUGGUGCCCUCAAGCAAUGAAAAGGCGCCGAUUCUGCGAGUCCUAAAUCGUAUGAGUGAGAAGUUGAUGAAGGAGGUACCUUUGGCUGACAACCGCCAUGCUCCUGCCGGGCAAGAUGAAGACACAUACAAGGAGCUGCAACUGAGAGACCUACAACGUGCGUCCGACGAUAACCGAGUUGUGCUCAAAGUUCAGGACCAAAGCCGCUUCUUCUCUGCUGGGCAGAGCGUACAGUCCUCGACCAGUGCUGCAGCAUACACAAAGCGAACACCAACGGAAGUGCUUUCGACGCUGCAGCAAGACUUCGCGAGGAUCAAUACAAAUAGCAGGACACUCGGGACCGACUUAUAUUCGAAGAUCGCAAUAAACGACGACAGUGACAGCGAAGACGAGAAUAGCGCGCCGAAAAAGCCAAAGGUCGGUAGUAGAUCGUCGCGAACAGCAGCGACCUCACAAAUCAUUGCGGCCAUAAGGAAGCGACAUCUACAUGAGGAUGAACACCCCUCCGCAAAGGGCGUUAUGAAUAGCGAGCAAGCAGCGAAGUUGGGUAUCACGGAUACUAUCCUCGACAACCUUACCAUGACACAUAACACCACAGUGGAAUUCUUACAUUACUUCUGGAAUGUAUAUCACUCUGGCGAUCCUGAGCGCGCCAACGAAGUUGCAAAGCUCAUCGAGACUCUGGACAGAUCGCUAGACCGCAUCAAUGCUGUUGCAAACGCUGCGGAAGCCGAACGGACAGCCCGCAUCGAAAAGGCGCAAAGAGAAAACGAGUUAUAUACACAACGGACCGGAAGAAAAAGGAGGUUCGAUCCCGAGGCUGUCAAAGGCGGGGCGAAUGCAAUUGCUCAGGUGGUGCAGCCGCUAAAAAGAGCCAUUGAUGCCGCACGAAGUCAAUACCAGGCGGCCCUCAAUGAGCAACUGGGUCAGGUUGCUCCUGCGAACGGCUUGUAA